GGUAGUUUCGCUUUUGAUUCUGUUAAAACGGUUAACCUUUAAGUAAAAUAAGUGUUGGAUUAUUCACAAGAAAGGAGCAAAUUUCACAUGUAUGGUUUAUAGCAAGAUUUACAACUCCAAGAACCAUGAUUAAGCUUGAAAACGAGCACUACAUCAGGUUUAUACUGCUGCUUAUUAAAGGGGGCACUGAGGUCCUGAGGAAAACCUUUACUAAAGGACUGAAGAAACAGAAUGUUAGCCUUAAUGAAUUUCUUCAGACAAACAAGGCUGAUAUUUGUAACUCAAAACAGAUAUCAAAGCUGCAGCGGGAUAUCUUGUAUCCACCACCGCCACACUAUUCGGACAUUUCCAAAUGGGAUAUCUCAUUGUUAUCGUAUAUUGCUCUAAACUUCCUGAGUAAUGAGUUAUCCGGGACAGAGACGCUAGCUCUAAAGAAAAUAAGGGACAUGAGGAACGAUAUUCACGGACAUUCCAAUGAUGCUGCGAUUGAAACGCGAAAGUUUACAUGUAUAUGGAGCGAACUGUCUUUGGUGAUUACAACUUUGAGUUAUACGAUGUCCGAUGAAGAAAGGCAAGGGCUGAUAGAUCUUAUUUCUACAUUGUCGAGCGAUCAGCUUGAUAUAUACAAGGCGAUCGAGGAGCUCAAGUUACUUGAACGCAGGGACGAAUUUUUUGAAUGUAUUCAAACAAGUCUGGAAAAUCUACAACGAUCUCAAUCUGAGCUAGCUUCAGCUGUCGAUAGUUGUCACAAAGAUGUAAUUCAGAUGAACGAAACAAUGUGUCAAGGCUUACUAGAUAUACGGAAGCAACUUUUUGACAUGAGUAAAAGUAUGGAAAACAGAGGAGAAAAUACGAAGAUUGUAAAUACAAUGUUUGGAAGAGUCAGGGUGAGUGCGGAUGAGCAAAGCAUAGUCAAUACGGCUGAAAAUGUACUACUUUCUGCAUCGGUUGAAAGCGUCAGAAAAUCUGAGUCUUCCGGCACAUUAUCGGCUGUGAAAGAGAAAGUCGACACGUUUGUUGAAGAUGUUGAAGGCUUAAGUGUAAAAGUCGACAGUGUAGACGAAGGGUCCAUCGUGUUUACCUUUACGUGUUCUUCACUUGGUGCUUUGAUAGAUUUGAUAGAUUACUUUCAAAGCCCAUUGAUUGAGAGACGGCUUGAUGGCAUUGCAAUUGCUCUGGAAAGUGUGAUUUGUCAUAAGGUUCGCCUUACCGCAAGCAUCCCUGUUGAGCCACUCCAGGAGAUCGUAAAGAAACUUCAAGCCGCGGACCCUCAGCGAACACUGAAGUUUUCUAUGACGUGUACAGGAGUAGAAGGCCUUCAGCAUGCAUGGGAGGUUUUUGAAGAGGAGGCUGCGUCAAAUUCUAUCAACAACUUAUCUAAAGCAUUAACAGAUGCGGUAGGAAAACCUGUUAGAGUAGAAACUGCUAUUGACAUGGAACAAAUGAAGAAAGCAAUACAGUUGACCAAAGCACAGCUAGGCGGAAGUAGGGACAUAGAUUCAGGCGAGAAUUUAGCAGAAAGAUUUGAAGAGGUGCACGUUGGAUACGGUGGAGUUGACGAUACGAAAAAACACAUUGAAGAACGAAUAAAAGAUUCGCCAGGUAAAUGUUUUGAAGGUGAAGACUCAACAGUAGUGAAAGAAACAGGCGCUGAUCAAAGACAGGGAGGUAUUUCCAAAAGACCUAAAACAGAAAAAAAGAAUAUCGUUUUGGAAAGAGAAUCAAAACGCCAAAAAAUUGAGGAAGACAGUGAAACAAAACCUAACGAUGACGAAAGAACCGGUAAAGAUUUAGAAGAAGGACAACAGACCAUGGUUUUUGGCCUUGCCAAACCAGAGGUUAUGAAUGAGGGCAAAAGCCAGUUGAACAUUUCCACUUCCUCAAGCGUUAAUCUUUUCUCACUAGAUUCUGAAAAGCGAAAUGAUAAUAUUGGCGAACAAACACAUGGUGGAAAUUCAGAGGAUGUCACUAAUGUCCAAAGAAAGAAAAUGACUAAGAUCGAAAUAGAAAAAAUGGAUGUGUCAACAGCAGAACACACACAAGCACAAUACGGCGACUAUGGUCACGAUGUUGAUGCUGCAUUCCAUAUGCAAACUAGGAGCCAAACUAAGAAAGCACUGGCAGAACGUGGAACAGAUUCUGGCAAUGCUAAGGCAAGUGCGAUUCAAUUUGUAAAAAUAUAA